AUGGUUACGGUAUACGGUACAUGGUACGGUAUACGGUCCAGGGUACGGUACGGUCAGGGCGGUAUCGGUCAGCAGGGUACGGUAUCGGUCCAGGGUACGGUAACGGUCCAGGGUACGGGUAUACGGCCUCCAGACUCCAUGCAUAUAGAGGAUGUAGAGGCUGUUCAGAGGCUCCAGGACUCUCUCCAUGAGGCCUUACAGGACUUAGAAGGUGCCCACAACACGGAGGACCCUCGGCGGGCAGGAAAGCUGCUGAUGACCCUUCCCCUGCUCCGUCAGACCGCGMCCAAGGCCGUGCAGCACUUCUACAGCAUCAAGGUGCAGGGGAAAGUGCCCAUGCACAAACUCUUCCUGGAGAUGCUGGAGGCCAAGGCUUGAUGAUUGGACCGGGGGAUUGACGGACAGCUGCAUCACCCAAUGAGGAGGAUGGACAGCCUGUGAAUAGGUGGGGUAACACCAUGGAGACCUAUGACAGCUACGGGAUGAAGUCGACUGCUGUUACUGUGGAUCGAAACCCACGUCUAGAACUGAAGAAAAGAGGAAUAGAGCAGGAAAAUAGACCAACAGAUUUUAGGGGUGAAUAUAAAACGCUUUGAUGUAGAAUAUAGUCAUGUAUAUGAAGAUGCUGUGUACAGAACUGUGGGUCUUGUUAUAAUCAGAGACCCUUCGCUCUAGAUCACCGGUAGCUACUGGGAGUUAUCUUUCUCUUUUUGUUUUAUAAUCUCAGUUGUAAAGAGAGGUUUGUUUUGUUUCUUUUCACCUUGAAGCUGAAGUAUGACUAGUAAUAUGUUGUGAUGAAUCUGAAUGGUUAGAGCCACUCAGUUAUCUUUCUCUUUUGUUUUAUAAUCUCAGAUGUACAGCAUUAGUCUGGUAUAUAUGUAUGUACGGUUGUGUCAAAUUGCAGUGUUAAAGGGGUUUGGGGAUGAUUUCAUAUUAUGUUCUUCAUCAACCUCAAAGAAACAGAUCCCUACACSUAUGAAGAUAAAAGCUUCUGAAGUCUUCCUAACCAGAUCUGGGUUCAAAUUAAAUUGAAAUCUUUCAAAAUAUUUUGAACGUUUGAUUGAGUCUGCCUGGAGUGCCAUAUCGGUGAGAUUUMCCCUUUUGGGACUAUACCAUUAAUUCAGUUGGUCAAGCAAACUCAUUCCAAAUACUAUUUGAACCCAGGUCUGUUCGUAACAUUUACCUCCUAGUUUCAUCAACAACACUGUUCCAUCCAAGUCUGGAGUUUAGGAAGAGAUGGAGUGCACUCUUCUAAAAAAUAUAUAUAUAUAUUCUCUCUAUAAUCUAAAAGGGUUCUUUGGCUGUACCAGUAGGAGAACUCUUUCAAAAACCAUUUUUGGUUCAAGGUAGAGCUCUACCUGGAACCCAAAAGGUCUGUACCUGGAACCCAACAGGGUUCUACUUGGAACCAAAAAGGGMUUUCCUAUGGAGGCAGCUGAAUAAUUCUUUUUWUUWUUUAUUUUUUACCCUUUUUAAAUCUAAGAGUGUAGUGAACUGGUGAGCAUAUAUAGAUGUAGGAUCUUAAUUUGAUCACCCUGUCUCAGGAUAACUUUCUUGCAAUGCAGGAAAAUAAACACUUGAGUACUUUGCAGGAAAUUAAAAACUUGAGUAAUUGAGGUUUAAAACGGCUUCUGGCAUUUUUAWWUUCCACUUUGAAAUUUCAGACUUGAUUUUURCUUACAAUUUUUUUUAUCAACCACUACAAAA